AUGAGCGAGCCUUUGUUCGACGGGAAGCUGAGUAGCGCAUCAAAACCGAGGAAAUGCGAUAUCGUCAAUACGUUCUGGCCGGACCUUCGACUUGUGGAACAUGAUUUGAUUGAAGACGAUUAUGCAGACCUACUGCGGAUUAUCGAUGAGACCCUCAGGAGCCUUGCACACCACAAAGCAAGUUUCGCGGACCAGUUUUUAGGCGACUUCCUCACAACGGUCACCCAGAUAAGGGAGCAUCAAGAUACGGCCAAGACAACGCUCAUCGACAUCGUUGUAGACAGCAGGUAUCCCGGCGCUCCUCGAGAUACUGUUGUUCGUUCCAUUGAGCUCGCAGCUCGCCUUUGGCUUGGAGUCAAUAUCUGCUCGCGCGUAACAUCGAUAGGUCCCUCGAACCCCAAGGAUAGUUGUAUCGAAUGGUCGAACAAUCGAUCGCUUUCAGAAGUAGUUGCUGAACAGUUUGAACGGAAGGCUAUUGCUGCGAUAGAUGAUGACCUGUCCCUGAACAUCUCCUUCACAGCUGUGAAGCUGAUGAGAAAGCGCGGCGUGCAAAUCCGAUGGACAGACAGUUUGGUAGAGCACCUGAAGCUGGAAGGGCCUGCUGGGGAUCGGAGCCUAUCGAUAUAUGGCCAGAAGCUACGUCUGAUCAACCAUCACAAGGACCGUGAAACGAAAAUGCUGAAACGUCAGAUGCUAGAGGAAGCCAUCUAUACGCUCGACCUGCUCUUUCCCGUGAGCGACCUGGAGACCAUCAAGUUUCUAAAAGAUCAAAGACUCCAUUUCAACGGCUUAGCUCCGUACGAUGAAGCCCCCGUGCUGAACAACCUUAACGGGUUCGUCUACUGGAGGAGGAACUUGGAGCAACUGUUGAGGCUUCUGAAUGGCCCUCCCGAAACCACUGGACAGAUGCUGCGUGACAAACGAAGUCUCGUCACAUUAUGGAUAGGAAUCUUCGGAGUUCUCAUAGUGACCAUCCUGUUCGGUAUUUUAGCGACAGUCUUUGCAGCGAUACAGUACGUAGUAGCUGUGCGGUCAUACAACCUGGCUUUGGCUUUGGCCUGCAUGCAGACUCCAGCGCCAUCAGGCUUCUGUUAGGACUACGACGAGGCAGUUAGCGUCAAACAAGCCCGCCAUAGCAGGUCAGCCGUGCACGAAAAGAAUAUGAGCGUUGGGUAUUGCCUGCGAGGUGAAC